AUUAGGCUUACGGCGCGCUUAAACGCGGAAUCCCCAUCCCAGUUUGAUUCGGCUAUCUACUCCGAGACCAACUGAUUAGAUAGAUAAGUCCCUACAAAUACUAUUAACACUACCUUUCUAUAACUGUAAUAACUAUAUAGAAAGUUUGUGAAUUAUUGACCGUAAUACUAUUGUAGAACACCUAAUAGUUUGUUAAGAAAUGCAAGAAUUACUAGUACAGAACGUUCCGUAUCUAUGGUUAUUAGUAGCCGGACUAACCUUAGCCUACUCCAUAACAAAAUGGUAUACUAUUACUACUGAUAAAGCAAACCAAUCCAUACUAGUACGGAAGUUCCCAGCCAUUGGAAAUGAUUUCGAUUGGAAACAAACCAAACCUUUAAGAGUUCGACCUUUUGAGAAUCAAAAGAACUUUAAUGUUAAUAUGAAGAUCAUUAACUUAGCCAAGACACCUGAAGAUUGGUUACUUAUUGAAGACACAUACUUAGAACAAACUAGAUUAAGAAAGAAGUUUACAGAAAUGUAUCCCAACCAUACUUAUUUUAGUUAUGAUAAUGAAAUAACUAGUGCUGCUGUAAGAGAAUUUUAUGAAAUAGUUACAAAUUAUUUAUUAACUAGAUAUCCUCAAUACUUCAAAUAUAAUUGGUGGACUGGAAUGAUAACUAAUCAAAUUAAUGGUUUAACAUUUCCUAAACAUUCUAAAUCUGAUACUCCAAGUCAAUUAAUCUUACAUUUAGCUGCUAAUAUAGAAGAAGAUAUAGUAAUUCUUUUAAAGGAUAACCCCAAAGAUCCAGAAGGUGAAUAUAUUUAUCGAGCUGGAGUUAGUGGAUUUCCAGCUGGAUUUGAUCCUCUGCAUGGUUAUAAUAAACCAUUAUCAUAUAUUCAUGGUCCAGUACCUCAAUAUCCCAAUAGACUUAAAUUAUCUAUGGGUAAAUUCUUUAAUAAUUUAAAACCUAAAGAUCUUUGGGUUAGACAUAAUUGGUCAAUUCAAACUCAUACUGCUUAUUUUAGUCUUGAUUCAAAUCAUGGUCGUGAUGGUGAAAAGAUUAAACAACUUCGAUAUGAUGAAAUUGAUUUUGAUAAUUCAUGUUUCUUACGUUGUGAACGUCAAAUACUUACUAGAUUACCUAAACUGAAAGCUAACAUUAUGACAGUUCGAACUUUUUUAACUCCUAUAAAGCAAAUUAAAGCUGAAGGAUUAGGUGAAGAACUUUGUAAAGGUAUUGAUGGAUUACCAGACGAUUUAGCAUUUUAUAAAAAGAGAGGUGCUUGGGGUGAGGCUGUGAAGCAAUAUUUACGUGAGUAAACAAUCCAUAAACAUAUAUAUUUUAGUAAUAAUUGAAGUAGAAGAAUAAUAGACUUAUUUUAUUUUAGACUUAUUUUAGAAAAUGUUUUAACUUUACUCAUUUAAUUUGACAUAAUUUGCAGGGAAUAAUCCGACUUCUCCAGAAUUGGAAUGUUUACCGGACCACCAGUCAUCAUCGACAAAUUCGAUUUCAACAAUCAAAUCUCCUUCUUUGAAUUCAAUCUCGUUAUCUUCAUCUCUAUCGUAGUCAUACUCUGCAACAGCACUUGGUUUAGAAGCUACUGGUUCUGAUUUGGGAGUUGGUUCAGGC